GCUUUGAUGUCAAAAUGGCUGACUUAAGGUUACCGGUAAGAUCCCAGAGCCAGGACGUCCCCUCUUCGACUUGUCCCCCUUCCACCCGCCAGAGGUGAACCACCAAUACACCUUCUCUAGUUGUUUGUUUCGAUAUGACGUCACAAAGUCUUGUUCUACUUUUAAAACCGGAGGGAAUUUGUCUCUGACUCAGAGAGUAUAUAUCUGUGUUGUUUUGGAUGAGUCAUUUGAAUGCUAUUGUCCUAGGCCCUGUAUUUAAAUAGAGGGAGUUGGAUAGCAUAGUUUUAGUUCUGAAAGAGAGAGAGAGAGCUAUAUACUACUUAUUGAGAGCCUUUCCUACUCAUCAGCUUUAUAAUCAUAUUGUAUUGGUAUGGCAAAAGUUGCUGUAAGGAGACCAACAGAUUCACUAUUCAAUAAUACAAGACCACGGAAACCUGGCCCUAGAUUACAGCGACAUGUACAUUCUCAACCAGCCAGGGUCACAGAGUCAGAGCAAGAGGAAAGGGAACUGAAAGUGAAAGCAAGAAUGGGAACACUAGUAUUACCAGGUGGACAGACCUAUCCAUUCUCUAUGGAAGACAUGUUAGAUGUUAAAAGAGUUGGCAGUGGCAUUUCCGGCGAAGUAUAUCGCAUGGUCCAUAAUCCUUCUAGCAUUGCUAUUGCUGCUAAAAAGAUGCUAUGGCAGCACGAUACUUGGGAGGAGCAAAGAAGAGUGCUGAUGGAUCUUGAAGUAAUGAACUCGCAGCAUUCGCCUUUCAUCGUGGAGUAUUACGGAUCAGCGAUUGUCAAGAACGAGGUUUGGGUAUUUAUGGAGCUGAUGGCUACUUGUCUUGACCGCCUACUCAAAAGAUUAAAAGGACCAAUACCUGAACGAAUAAUAGGAAAAAUGUGUGUUUCUAUUGUAAAGGCUCUGGAUUAUCUAAAGAGAGCUCAUAAAGUUAUUCACAGAGACGUGAAGCCGUCAAACAUACUAAUAGAUGUGAAUGGGAACGUGAAAUUGUGUGAUUUUGGAAUCAGUGGAAGACUAGUGGAUUCUAAGGCGUUUACUAGAGGAGCAGGGGCAGCUGCUUAUAUGGCACCCGAGAGGAUAAACAUGUCUCAUGAUUCAAAAGGUUAUGAUGUUCGAGCCGACGUUUGGAGUCUCGGCAUAUCCCUGGUCGAGAUGGCAACAGGCUCCGCCCCUUACAAGUUUAACGAGUUCUCGAGCGAGUUUGACCUCUUGACGCACAUCGUCCAGGCUCCUCCCCCUCUACUCGACGAAGACAAGUUCUCGCCUAACUUUUAUGACUUUGUGGCACAAUGCCUUUGUAAGGAUGUUGAUGAAAGGCCUCAGUAUGAUAAGUUGUUGCUCCACCCUCUCAUUAAAGAGUACGAGGAGAAGCCAGUGGAUGUUGGUGAAUGGUUUUCGGAGAUGUGCUCUACACAUGGGAUCCCUUAAUUGGAUGGGGCGUGGUCGGGGGCGGGGUAACAGUAAUCUUUUCAGCAGUAAUAAAAAGAUGUAGUUGACUUAAUUUUUAGCACCUUUUAUUUUCAGAGAUAUUAUUUUUUGUAUAAUAAUUAUAUUUUAUUUUAAUAG